AGUUUUUUUGUUGAUGAGACGUCAGGGUAAAACAGUCAGUGCUAAAGAUGAGUGGUCUCUUGAGGUAGCACCACAAAGAAUUUCUUACUAUGAACUUCAUGGAGCAACUCAGGGCUUUGAUGAAAAUAACUUGCUAGGUAGUGGAGGUUUUGGUUCUGUUUACAAAGGGACAUUGGAAGAUGGGAUAAUAGUAGUUAUUAAAGUUUUCAAUGUGCAGAUGGAAGGAACAUUUCAAACCUUUGAUAGAGAAUGUGAGAUCUUGCGGAAUCUUCGUCAUAGAAAUCUCACCAAGAUCAUAAGCAGUUGUUGUAACUUGGAUUUCAAAGCACUGAUACUUGAGUACAUGCCGCAUAAGAGCUUAGACCAGCUGCUGUAUUCCCAAGAUUAUUGUUUAAACACAAUGCAAAGAUUGAGUAUCAUGAUCGAUGUUGCAUCUGCUUUGGAAUAUCUCCAUCAUGGUUACUCAGUACCGAUUAUUCACUGUGAUAUGAAGCCUACCAACGUGUUACUUGACAAUGACAUGGUGGGAUACCUGACUGACUUUGGCAUUGCAAAACUUUUAACUAACAAAGAAUCUAUUGCUCACACUAUAACCUUUGCCGCAAUUGGUUACAUCGCUCCAGGUGAAUUAUUUAUGUAA